AUGUUGGAAAUGGACACGCAAGCCGAUUCGGGUGGUGAUGAUGUUUUUGACAAGAUCAUGGCCCUCUUUGAAAGUGUUGUGGCUGUCAAGAACUUGGGGGACUAUUUGCAAUCGAGAUUUCCCGAGCCUGCCAGGAUGAGUGAGGCCAUCGAUGAGCUUGUAAUGAGACAUGCAAUCGUCCCACAGACAAAGGCUCACACCCAGUUGAUUCCCAAUGCCUCUGACCACAGCUUUUGGCUGGCUUUGGAUCGCUUCGACUACAGCCCUUCUGCGAAGAGUGGAUUUUAUCCGAGCAACCAGCAGUUCAAGAAGCACUUUGGGGAGUUCUUACGCUACGGAUACAAGCCACAUCUUGGCGCGAUCGAAGUGAAAUUUCCGUUCCGGGACUCGACACGGACCAUCCCACCACAUUCGGUGGGGCUGGUUGAUGGAUUUGCAAAAAUAGUAAUAAUGCUGAGCAUUGUUGCGAUGGUCAAGGAGCUUGAGCUUGAGGUUCCGAGAGACUCUCCCUUGGAGGCUACAUUGCACAGCUUCGCUACUGUGCAUUGUUCAUACUCCCAUUUUCAGCACCCUGCACACCAUUUCCUAUACUCAUUGAAAAUGGGAUUUGUUACGGCGGAAAAGCUCACGCCCAGCCCAUUGACCAUCGUGUCAGAUUUGGGAAAGGCUCUUGAGCUGGAACGUGCGAUGUCCACCAGUCGAACCCGGAUUCCUCUCAAAGACGCCAUGAACAAAGUCAUCGCAGACUUCAACCGGCUAGUCACCCUGAAACGACACCGGGUGGACACCGCACGGCGCAAUUUGGCAUACAACCUGCUUCGCUGCCCAGCUGAAUCGCUCACCUUGCUCCAUGCACAUUACGAUCAGUUCAAACAUGAACACGCAGCCCUCCCCCACGAAAUCUUGGAGAAAGAUUUCUACGUGCCCAAUCUACCUGUGCGGAGUGAUCACUAUCGCGGGAGCAAGCAGCUUCAACAGAUCAUGCAGCUGACGCCGGAAACUGUGAUGCUGUUUUUCAGCCGGACGACACAGGACUUUGCAAGGAAAGUCUCCAAAGACGCCUCGUUCAAAGCAAAGAAAAUGAAUCAGCUUGAUCUUGAUGGCCAGAUCUUGCUCCACGACUGUUGUGUGCUCUGGAUUUGGGUGAAGAACAAGAUGCAGGAUAUGUUCCCCCAAUCUGUAAUCGACCAACAUGACGAGUUUUUCCGACAGGGGUUGCUGGACUCUGAUUUGCAGUCAGUGCUGAGAUCCGGUGAGGACUUUGAUGUCAAUCGCCUACCAUUCCUUCUCGAGGCGCACGGGAAAACGCUUGAGACCUACGUUCAAGAACAUCAAGACAAGGCCAAAAACGCACUGGCCCGAUCCCAUGAAGCGGCCUUCGCCUCAUGGGUUGAAGAUUUAAAGGCAGAUCAGACAGAAUUUCUUUCCGAGAAGAUCCUGAUGGAAAAGGAGGGUGCCAAGACACGCGCCAAGCUUGUUCGACAGCUCGAGGAAUGUCACACCCGGGCCUGGGAUUGCGUUCGCAACUUCUGCUGUGACCACCUCAUGUCCUUUGCCGGAAAGAGCAGCGAUGCCGAAUCGACGCUGAUGCCGUCAGCCCGGUCAUGGUUGAAGGAGCAGGCUGCUGAGCUGGGCAACUCAAAGGAUGACCACUCCAUAGUCAUCUUUUGCAUUUGCCCAGCUAUGGGGAUCCUUUCAGCUUCAAGAAUCAGCUUCCUGCUCAACUUUAUCACCAACACGUUGGCGGAUCAUCAGUUGAAUGGAGUAUGUUAUCUGGUGAAGCCUAACAGAGCUGGACAGCUGGAAAGCAGCAGGAAAGCUGAUGUGAAGCAGGAGAAAGACAAGGACCAGGUCAUGAAGGACGAGGAGACAAAGAAUGAGGACGCCGAAGAGUCAGAGUCCGAGGUGGAUGAAAAAUGUAAGAGAAAGGAGGAAUCUGAGGCUGUUGAGGUCAGGGAUGUCACCUACAACCUUGAGAAACAACUCGCCAUGAAAGAUCGCAAUCUCAAGCUCCGCAAUGUCACAUGGGUAUUUGAACCGGACACUGUCUACGGGCGACGGGACGGGGUCAUUUCAGGCAUCGCGAUCACGCACAAGAAUGAAGGAAAUCGCAUGAGGCAAACCCAUGGCUGGAAAACUGGGGUGGUGAUGGGCAUUCGUAUGUGCCCCCGCAAUGAAAUGUACAAGCCUGAGGUGGCAGCAUCUCCGAAGUCGAAGUUGCCUCAUAUGGGACGAGCCAUGACGGACGUGCAGGAGAUGAAGCAGGUGGCUGCUGGAACGAGUUUCGUCAGAGAGACUUUGAAAGCGUUCUCUAUGCCCACUUCAAAAGCUUCAUUGUUGGUGGACAUGGCGGGGUAUGAUGGGUUUGUAGCACUGGCAGCUUUGGAGGAAAUCCGAGAGGGUAACGUCGCUACUUGCGCAACUCUCACUUUAGACCACAGCGGAGUGGAGUUGAACCACAGGGUCGCCAACGCUGUCUACGAGGAUGCAAGGGCAGGUCGUCUUACUGUGCCCUCAUUCCCAUCCUUUCAGCCCUUGCUCAGCGCCCUGAAGAGUGGUCAGAUGUCUGAGAAGACAAAAUCGUUCAGGGUCAGCGCUCAACGAUUGGACAAGUUGUUGGUGCUUGAGGCGCUGGCAAAGAAGUGGUUAGAUAAUGAACUCACUUCGGACAAGGCCAAGGCUCUGAUAGACGAGCACAACAAGGAGUUCAACGCACAUGGAGAUUACUGGAUUGCAGAGACUCCUGAACCUGCGGUUGAAACAGCUACAGCAGAGGAGCGGCCUGCAAAGCGGAUCAAGAUCGAGUCUUGCAGCUCUGAGGAAGUUUCGAAGUUGGCCAACCCGAAAGUUCUGUCGCUGAACAACAUCUGCGACAUGAUCACGGAUGAGGAGGGGAAGAGUCUCUACAUGGUUUCUCGUGGAACGAAUCAAUUCCUUCAGAACAGGGAGUUGUUCAGCUUUGGACCAGGAGAAUGGCGUGACGGACCUGAGGGUCAGGAAGUCAUGGAUGAUGCUGAAGGACGAUGGCUGUCCUUCUGUGUCAAAAAGUCUGACCUUAUGAUUCUGGAGCGGAAAUCGAUCCCGCAGCACCUCUCUGGAUUGGAGUGCCUAGAAACACCCGCCUCUUUCGUAUCUGUGCUCAACGAUCUAGAGGAUGCAGGAGAAGUCAAGAUCGAGGUGUCCCACCACACUAUCAGUCAGGACGCGGAAUGGAAGAAUGCCAAACCCUUGGUGUUUGUGGCCGACGAGGUACAAGUACCCCGCAAGCCAGUGGCCAAAGAAGAGAAGGUACCUAAGAAAACUAAGAAACCAAAGAAACCCCAGGCAUCACGACCAAGAACUUCGGAUCGCACCUGCAGAUUGCCAAAGUCAAAAAUUCGCAGAUCUUGGCCCUAG